AGCUCGACGGCGUUCAUUGCGUUGCUCUUGACUUUCAUUAGUACGUGUGAUUACAGCCUGGUUUCUUAAAUUUUCAUUGUCCGUCAAUUGGUCUUCUGCCGAUCUAUUUAACCGACGGUUCUGGACUAAUUGUGAAUUCCGAGUCCGUCGUCCAAUAUUUCCUCCUCGUCUACGAAAACGUGGCAUUGUUUAAUGUACGUAACUUUUUAGAAAAAUUGAUGUUAUUUCAAAAUAAAGAAAAUAAGAAUUUGUUUAAUAUCCUAAUCGCUUGAAAUAUCAAAAAAACGAAAUCCUAUGUAACUAUCGUAACUUAAUUUUUUGCGAAUUUUUGCGUAACUUAAUUUAAUGUAUGUAAAUUAAUGCUCAAUAUUUACGUAAAUGCGAUAUGAAUGAAUACAUACACGAAAUGAAUGAAAUAAAUGAAUGAAUGUAUUAUAAAUUAAUUAAAUUUUUAACUGUAAAUAAUUAAUCAGUAAUUAAAUAUAAUUUUGAUGAAUAAAACAUUUUUUUUUUUUGAAGGGGGUCGCAGUACACAAAAAUAAAAAAUGUGGGUUGCGAUCCAAAAAAGGUUGAAAACCACUGGUAUAGUACAACUAUUCAAAACAAGAUCGCAUAAUUCCANUAUAAUAGAUAACUUACUAUACGAAAUCUACAAAUGUUACCAGUUAUAAAUGGUCUCAAAAUACAAUUUAUGAACUAAUUAAAUGUUAUUUAAAAUAUCUUACUUUCAUUUAUUAUAAAAGCAUCAGUUUUUGCUAUGUUUUCUAGUAUUUUACAACAGUUGGCAUCUUUGAUUUUUUAAUGACUAAUAUCAUUCAACGACUAUUAAUUCGUUUCAAAUUGAAUACAAAAAUGUAAUAAUAAUAUUAUAGAAAUAUCUUUCGGUCCAUUUGAAAUUGUUAUAACAUAAAUUAAUGGAUUUGUAUUUUUAUUAUAAUUAUAAAUUAUUUAAUUUUUCAAUAUUUACUUUGGUAAUAAAAAACAUUGGUUUCUUCAUUUUUCGUUUUUUUCGAUGUUUUGAUUGUUGACAUUUUAACCUAUUAACAUUUUAACUGUAAACUUUUCAACCGGCUCUAAUUCAUAUAAGUUCAUAAGUAUUAGUAUCUUUAUAUAUAUAAUUCUACUGUACGCGUGUAUGUCACUGAAUUCCUCUUAAACGGCUGGACUGAUUUUGACGAAAUUUGUUAUGUGUGUUUGAAUAGGUCCCUAGAUGGUUUAGAUUCACAAUUGGGUCCGAUAGGUGGCAUUGCAAGGGAAGUUGACACAGAUUUAUUGGUAUUUUUAGUACAGCGAUUUUUUUUUUGUUGAUUUAUGGGUUACCUUAGUGAUACGGAUGAAAUUAAAGAUUUAUCAGAGGGCUCCAAGAGAGUGAUACAAUCGAGUUAUUUUUUUAAAUAUAAAUUUGAAUACAUUGGCAAAUACGUACAUUUAUAUUAUAUAGGUAUGUAUAAAUGAAUUGAUAUUUUUUUCCGACGCAAUAACUUGAAAACGGACGGACCGAUAUGUCUGAUUUUUUUAUCGUGUAUUCGUAGGGUUAUUAUGAAAGACGAUUUUUGGAAAAUCUACCGAAAAAGUUUGAAAUUUAGAUGGUAUUCAAGUUAAGGCAGCACCAAAUAUCGAUCCAUUUUUAUACAUACAGAUUAACAUGAAUUAUUAACUUUAUAUUAAUAUAAAUUGUCGGCCAAUGUUCACAUGAAGGUAUAAAACAAACACCUUGCCGUCUGCGAACGACAAUUAGCUAUAAUACGGUACACGCGCUUUCCCGCUGUCGAGCGUCCCCACUCCCUGAUAAGUUAGAUUAGGCUUAACUUCCUUUGAAAUCCAUCAACCCCCCCCCCAUUUAAAAAAAAAUCGAAGACAAUGAAAAUUUAAGAAACCAGGCUGUAAUCACACGUACUAAUGAAAGUCAAAAGCAACGCAAUGAACGCCGUCGAGCUAAUGCAUUGAGACAAAGACUGGCCCGUCAACGAGUCACCGACACAUUAUAAAAUAAAACUAUUAUAAUUUUUAUUAUCACUAUUAUUUACGCUAUUCAAAUAUCACAAUACAACACAUUUAGGCCGCCGCAGGUGGACUACCCACUUUCCACCUAUUUGUUUUCAAUUAAUUCUAACAUGGCCAUUCCAAAACCAAAAAUGAAUAUGGGUAAAAUAUUAAUAAUAAAAAUUGGCACGGGCAACGCCGGGCGCGGGACAACUAGUAUUCAAUAUAGAAAAUAAAAUUGCUGUUAACAAUGAGAACAAAUUAAAUAUUUUACAAAACCGUGAGUUUUCUUUUCUAAAAAUAUUUUUAAUUGCAUCAUAACAAAAAACAAAAUUGAAUAUAGUAGAUUUCGUAAAUUAACCCGUUUUCCUAUGAUUUUUCCUGGUUUUUCUCAAUUAUUAUGAAAACUGCUUAAAAUGGCACCCAGAUAAAAUUUCCUUCAAGUAAAGGUACUACAUUUGAAAAUCGAAGCAAGAUUUCCAGUAGAAAAGUUCUUUACCGAUUAAAAGAAACAUUUUUAAAAAUGAAUACGAAUGAAUUAAACAUCGUUGUAAAACCAUCACAGUCCUUGAAUCGCUCAGAAUGUAAAAUACAAUGAAAUUUGUAAUAGGUAUCGAUAAAAUAAUAACGAUAACUAAUAAUAAUAAUAAUUUAGAACAUAUUUACUUUCCUAAAAUAAAUUUAAUGUACCAGGUGAUUAAUUUAAGUGGGUACACUCAUUAUCUUGGAAAGUAUACAUUUUUUUCGGAAUUUGUUUUAGGUCGCCAUUUGAAAAUCAAAAGUAGGUAGUGGUUUUACUCCCAAAAAUAAGGUCAAUAAAAAAAAAAACACGAACGAAAAAAUUGUAAAGCAGCUUGUUUCUCAAAUGUACUAGAAAAUAAAUUUAGAAAAAAGUUAAUACUUUCCGAGAUAAUAAGUGUACCUACUUAAAUGGAUCACCGGGUAAUGUAUACAUAAUUUUUUGUGUUUUAGAUAAUUACAUAUAUAGUUACAUUUUUACUAAAAUAUCCAUAAUUGAAAUGUUUAUUUGCUAUUUCAGCUGCUUAAGUAGUAAUGAUAAUUUGUCAACUCAAAAUUAAUAUUUACUUAAAAUAAUAUAUACGUAAAGAUAAUAAUUUCAAGACACGUUGCAUAUAUGAAAAGCUCUUAACUUUUUAAUUAAUAACUUGAAAUUUAUGAAAUAUUAUUCAAUCAAAUGUGACAAAGAUAUUUAUUGAAAAAUAAAAAAUAAAAUUAUUCUUUAAUUUUGCAGGGACAAAUGGCUUAAUUGUUUAUUAUAAAUUCGCGGUAUAAUUUUACUAUUACAUAAUCUAGAACAUCUUAAAUUAUUUUUAUUUCUGUUUAUUUUUUUCCCUAACAUAAAUUGUUUAUUAAUUUAUUAUCUAUAAAACUUAAAAGAUAAUAAUGUUAUCUUCUGUAAUCUUUUUCUACUCAGAUUUCAAUUUUUGUUUUUAGAAUUAUGUGUCAUAUUGUAAAGAAAGGAUUAAAAUUUAAUGUUUUAAUUGCUAUUUAUGUCUGUUUCAGGGAGAUUAGCUUCUUUUUUGUUUGUCCUGAAAAUUGGAAUUUAAAUGCAUUAUUAAAAAACUCCCAUUAGAUACCAAAGAAACCUUAAUUUUUGUUUUCUGCCACUCACUAAAAAAAUGAACUAUGUAUAUAUUAUUUCGUAGUGAUAAAGUUUUUUUUAGCUAUUUAGCCUGAAAACCCUUACUCUAGCUCAAUUUCAUUUAUAUAAAAUGUAUAUACAAUUUAAUUACCUAUUGAAUUUUUAUUUUCAUUUAAAAAUAAAACUUAAAUAAAGGAAGCUAUCCUGAGUACGUCCUGUUCAACACUUUUCCCUUUUUUCAUAACCCGAGUACGUCCGCAAUCUUAUCGAUAAAUUAAAUUAAAUUGGAGUUUAUUCACAGUCGUAUGAUAAAUUAUUCGCAGUGGUAUCCAUUUUAUAUUUAAGUUUUAAACGGUGGGGAAAUAGAAUUUUAUUUCAAAUUUGAUAAUAACUAAGCUAGACUAUGGCUAGUAGUCGUGUAGUCUUCUAGUGAUCGAAAAAAAUGUGCCGUAGUUGUAGAUUAGUUAGGAAGUAGUAGGUAGUAGUAGGUAGUUAGGAAGGUGGGCUACAUAAAUUCAUUUAAUUAUACCUGUACCGAAUGAUAAACCAUUUUAACGAAAUACGAUUCGGAGCGACGUUCAGUAAUGUUUUGAAAGGCCAUAAUAUUUACAGCCUUUUUAAUUUAUUUAAAAAAAUUAUUGACAUUGAAUCAAACUAAUAAAAAUUUAAUUAAAAUGUAUACAAAUGAGAAACUACUCAUAUUUUCAUACUACUUACUUCAAAAUUUAAGUUCUGAAUAAUACAUCACCAAAUAGAUAUAACUAAUAAAAUGAGUAAACCCCAGUACCUAUUUAUUAUUUAUUAGCUUCUAUUUUUAGAAAAUAAUAUAUGUGUUGUAAAUGUUAACAAUUGAAAAAAUCAUUUAGGGAUAAUACAUUUUUCUUAUACAUUUAAUAAUACACACCACUGAUAUUUUAUAAAAAACAACAAAAAAUAAAUUAUAUAAAUAUUCUAUAUCAAAGAAUAAAUAUUUACCAAGAUACUCAAAUGAUAAUUUUCAAUAUGACCAUAAACUAUUUGUACAUCGCAUUUGACUUUAAAGUACCUAGUUUUUAAUUUUCACAUAUGUAUUAUUGUUUUAGUAUAAUCAGAUUAUUAUUGUUACUAUUUUUUUUACUUUUUAAAGCACUAUUUUAUUAUUUGUUUUAUAGUGUUUAAUCAAAUACACUAGUUUAUUAUUUGUUUUAUAGUGUUUAAUCAAAUACUUGACAUGUAUACCAAUUUGGUUUUUAUUUUCACUGAAUACAAUAUUUUGGUAUAUAAAUAAGACAUUUUUUGGUGAUCCUAACAAUAGCCUACUAUUCGUCAGAUAAGCUACGUCAAUUACAAAAUCGAAAUAGUUAAUUGAACAGGCGUCCAUCAGAAUGGGUAAGUUUAAUCGAUAUUAAACCUAAGGAUUUAUCAUUUUAAAAUAAUUGUAUUAUUAUAUUUAUACAGACUCACAUAAUUAAUUAAUUAUUCAUCUAUCAAUCUUUCCACUUAAAUGGUAUUUAUAUCAAAGUAUAUUCAAAACUAUUUUGCUAAUCAGUUUAUUUAAUGAUGAAAAUCUAUAUUUAUAAAGCAGUGUGAUUGGAAAAUUGAAAUAUGUUUCUUCUAUCGACUCUUUGUCCUCUAAGACAGUUACAGCAUAACUGUUUCCAAUUUUCCCUUUACAAUAACAAUUUUUUCCAAUCUACUCCUAGUAGAAUUAGUUUUAUUUGCUUUGAUGUCUUCUUUAAUUCUAUGGUUCCAUCUUAGCCUCAGGUCUCUUAGUUAAAAUAUUAAUAAAAUAAUUUAGGUAUAAUACAAUAAUUUAUACAAUGAUUAAUAAUAAAUAUUAUCACAAAUUUGUUGACUAAUAAAUUAUUAUUAUUAUAGAAAUAUAUAAAUUACACAAGAAAAUUAAAUCUUCAAUAUAUAUUGUUAUUUUGUAAAUAUAAUAAUUUUCUGUCACACAGCAAGUAAUUAAUAUUUUAUAAAUAUUUAAUACAUUUUAAUAUUUCAAAUCCAAUAUAUAUUAAUCAUUUGAUGUAUAAUUUUGAUAUAUAAUUAAAUUAAAUAUCGUCAAAUUAUAAUAUAUUGAACCCGGAACAUAUAAUAUUUAAUUCAUUUUCGAAAUUAAAUGUUUAUAAAAUAUUUAAAUACAAAAUUGUAUUUAUUACACAAAUAAGUAUACUUACCAGGCGUUAAACUGACAGAAACGUCGAAAUUAAUGUCAAAAAACGAUCAAAAAAAAAAAAAAAUUAAAAAUUUUGGCUACCCAACGGGUAUUACGGUACCAAAUCGAGAACCGUGCUCUUACUAACUUAACGUCUAACCGACCUUACCAAAGUGCCGCAAUUACCAGGUGUGCAAGGUGUACAUUGCACAUCGAUCCCCAAACUAAUGUAGGCCCCAAAAUCUGAAAAAAAUAUAAAAGAAACAUUCCAAUAUUUGUAAAAGUCGUAGAAACAUAUUAUUUAGGUACUUAUGCUAUUUGAAAUUACUAAAGGCCGGUUUAAACUUGUCCAUCGAAAUAGCCACGUCCGUGAAUAACGAAUUAGUGCACGGAUUCUAUCUAAUACCUAAUAUUGUUUCUUUUAACCGCGAUAUUAUUUUAUAAUUAUACUUUUGAGCUUCAAAUAACAGGAAAAACAUAGAUAAUAAUAAUAACAUUAAAAUACUAGCGUUGAUUGCAAGAUUAGGUGAUGAAGCGGCCUGUUAUCAAUGUUAUCAUGCCUGUUACAAAACAGAAUAUAAAAAAGACGUUCUAGGAUAAUGGCGUCGGGUUCAGCCACUGUUAUAGGUAAUUUAAUGUAUAUCUGUAAGCAACGAUAAACCACUGCUAACGAAAAACCGAUUCUGUGCACAGUUCAGUUGAUAGUAAUGCUCUGUCAGCAAUAUAUAUUUCAUAUUAUGGUAAAUUAAUGAAACAGGUAUUAUAUAUUUUCAUUAAUAAUAUUUUUUAAAUAUUUUACCGAUUUUCUCGUUCUUCUUGCGUUUUUCCCGGUUUUCCCAUGUUUUUCACAUUUGCUGGGAAAACUCUUAGGAAAAUCGAAAAAUGGCCUCUCUAAAGUACUUCCCCAAACAGAUUUUUUUUUAUAAAAAGUGCUAUUAUUGUAAAUUGGAACAAAAUUACUGGUAGAAAAGUUGUCUACAGACAAAAAAAACUUAAUAUUUUAUUAAUAUUUUUUUGUAUAUUUUCCCGUUUUUUCUUCGUUUUUCACGAUUUUUCCCAUUUAUUGGAAAAAUUCCUGGAAAAAUCAAAAAAUUACCUUCUCAAGUUAACAAAUUUCCAGAAUUUCAGAAAAGAAGCUACACUUGAUACAGUUUGCACAACAAAUCGAGGGGUAUUUUGCGAUUAAAAUAGUCCGAACAAGCGAUGGCUUGGGUCUCUAGGUAUACUCGAAAUACAAUUAUUCUUUCUUUGUUUAAGUAAAAGUAAAUUUUGUUCGAGACCCGGAUUCGGUGUUAGGAUGCCUAGGAUUAUAAUAGACAUGUAUAACCAUUCAGCUUCAAUAAACAUACCUUAAUGGUAACAAUAUUUAGUUAUUUAAUAUAACAUAUAAUAUCCGCAUAUCAGAACUUCAAAAAGCUAUAAUUUCGAAACUUAAACAAUUCGCUCAAUUCUGACUUCACCAUCGUUAUUAAAUCGUCUAUAUACAUAUGUCAAAAAAAAAAAAAUUAAAAAAUUAAAUUUGUUCCGCAUAAUUUUCUACUCUAUAAUUUGCGUCAAUAUUUGAUACUAAAAUUCCUUUAUAAAAAAAAAAAAAAAACUACAUUAAACUCAAAUUUUCUUUUUUUGACCACAAAGUAAGACUCUUAAUGAACCUCCUGUUCAAUUGCUAAGCAUUUCUGUUAAGUUUAAUAAUUUUACUACAGAGUACCUACUAAAUAGAAACUACGUACAAAACUCGCAAAAUUUAAAUACCUAUAAAUACCUUAAAAAAAGAUGAUGAAAUAAAAUAAGUACUCGCCGGGCGUUAAACCGACGGUAAAAACGGUAUAGAUACCGGCAAAAAUAAUGUCGAAAAACAAUCGCACGUAAGUACAUAUAAGGUUAAAUUAUCUUCCCUGGUCCGGGAAAAACAAUUGUAACCAGUAUAAUAUACUGAUUGUUAUAUACUAGUUAAAUUUCUUUUCUAUACAAAGCAUUUUAAAAUAAGUAAUGUGAUUGAUAGAAAAAAAAAAAAGGUUUAUAAAUAAAAAUACCUAUCUAAUACACAUAUACAUUUUGUUUUAUUACAGGAAUUUUUAGUUUUAUAUGGUUAAUGUUACUUGUGGUUGGAUCUUUAGCUGCUUACUUACCAAGUAAACAUGAUCAAAUUGACGAAGAAGAAAAUCAUUUUUCCUUGUACCCAGGAAAAAAAUGGGUAGUUUUAGUAUCCGGCUCUGAUAGUUGGAGGCGUGGUUACCGACAUCAGGUAUCAAUAAAUUCUUUUAAUCCCUACAGUAAUAAGAUAAUUUAAUGAUAAAUCACACAUGGGAUGCAUAUUAUAAUAAAAUGCAUAGUAGUUUCACACUUAUAAUUGAAAAGGUAGGUAGCCCCAGUUGGUAUUUUAGUAUGAAAUUUUGGAAAUAGCGGAAUAUAUCAAUUCUGUAUUUUAAUUUAACUGGUAUCUUUUAAUUAAAUAUUGGUGUUGAUAAUAAAAUAUUGCAUUGGAAUAUCUAAUAUUAUAAAAGUUUAUUUAAUUAAUUAGCUUAAUCUAAGUUUAAAUGUGCCUAGAUAUCUAACUUAAACUUUAUUAAAAUACUCAGAGUGGUCAUAAAUAAUUAUAUAAUAAUAGAAAUUACAUUUUCAAUCUAAAUCAGUGUGUGGAAACAAAUGCACACAGUGUAAUUUAAAAGCUCUUUUUCAUGAACAAACGUGUAUAUAAACAAUAAGAUCAUUUUAAAACUAAAAUAAAUAUUGUGCAUUUAAUAAAGUUUCAUUUUCAAUACAGGCUGAUGUUUGUCACGCAUACCAGAUUGUUAAAGCAAAUGGCAUACCCGAAGAGAAUAUAAUUUUAAUGAUGGUGGACGACAUGGCAUACAAUCCCAAGUGUGUAUAUUAAUAAUAUCACAUUAUUUUGCAUAGUGUAUUGCAUGUAUAUUUGUAUAUAAUCCAAUGGACUUUCACAAAUUGUGAAAAUGGUUCGGUUUUUUUUUUCGAUGAUAUCAAUUGCCUACAAUAAACAAGACAUAAAUUAUAAUUUGUUUAUUUAGUUUAAAUCCUCGUCUUAAAUUGACGAUGUGAAUACUAAAUUAUAAGUUCUUUUUUUAAGUUUUUAAUCCUGGGAUAAAACGAUAGAGUCGAUACAUACAAUAUGUCUCACUAUGUCCGGCGGAUUAUUCCAGAGCCAUUAAUAUUAAACAUUUUUCAAUUUUUUUUUUUCAAUCGGUUAAUCUUCGAGGGAGACAGUGAUUUGGAAAAAAUUAUUUUUUUUUUUAUCCUCUAAACAUACACAAAAAAAAAAAUAACUUUAUUUUUUAUUUAACAACAUUUUCAAAAUAACCAUUUUGUAAAAGAUAUUGUUCUAAAAGUGUUAGUUUUAAUAUUCAAUAAUAAUCACAAUUACCGUACGUUAAUUAAUUAUCGCAACAGUAGUUUAAUGAAUAUUAAUUGUUUUCACACUUUUUUUUUCUUUCACAGAAAACUGAUACUCAGAAACUAUUCAUCGGAUAUGAAUACGUGAUACAUUAAAUUGUUUAGAAUAAUAUCUUUUACAAAAUGGCUACUUUGAAAACUGUAUAAAGUGAAUAAAUAAAGGUUUUUUUUUUCUGUUUAGGGGUUGAAAAUAAAAAUUUAUUUUUUUUUCCAAAUCAAUAUCCCCCUCAAAGACAAACCGAAUAAAAAAAUCCGUCGAACAUGGUGGGACACACUGUAUACUUAAAUGGAUAUAAAUAAUAGUUAGAACACUAAAAUUAAACUAAAUCAGCACAUAUAAAUUUAAAAAAUUUUAAACCACUAGUUAAAAGUUUUUGUACGUUAAUACCGCAUUUUUGUUGGAUAGAAAUCCCACUCCAGGAGUGAUGAUUAAUCGUCCCAAUGGUACAAAUGUCUACGAAGGAGUUGUAGUUGACUACAAGGGAGCUGUAAGUCAAAUUAUCUAUAUUACCUACUUAUUAACCAAUAAUUAUCGUUGAACACAUUACCUACAUAGUACACAUAUCUAGCAUAGUAGUUAAUAUACCUAUUAUAUAGUCUAACUCUUUAGGCAACAAUACAUAAGCAGGUACCUACUUUAACUAAAAAUGAAUACAUUUUUAGGCAAAAAAAAUGUACAAACAUAAUAUUAUCUUCAUUACUCAAAUAGAAUUGAUAAGUGUGGUUUGUAAAGUUCCAUAAUUACAUAGAUAAUUAUAGGUACAAUAUUUAUUUAUUUAGCGUACCUACUUAUGGUAAAAAUAAUAAUAUAAUGCAAGUAUAAUACAUGUUAAAAUAAUUUGUAUUUAGUAGGUAACCUAAAUAGAAAUUUUAGGGUAAGGCGAAUACAAAGCUGAACAAUUUUAAAAUUUAAAUGGGAUUAUGUUAUUAGAAAAGUGCUCAAAAUUUAAAAUAUCUGUAUAACAUACUUAUAUUUGGUAUAAAUUUCGUGUAAAGAUAAUAAUUAUUUGUAAUAAAUUCGUUUAUUUUACGUUGUCAUAUAUGUAUAUCUAAAAACAAAAUUUUUAAAAAAAUUAACAAAAUAAUAACAAUAACAAAAUUUUUACCGCAAUUCAUAAGACAAAUAGUUAUCUGCCUAUCAAUAAUUAUCAACUAUUGAUUUUUAAUUAGCAACCUGUCCUAUUAUCAAGUCGGUGUUACACAUAUACUUCACGUGUACCUCACACCAGUUAUACCUACAUCAAAAUAUUCGUACUUCACGAUAGUUGCAUAUUAUAAACAAACGGAAUGAUUUUUAUUUAGUUAUUGUUUAGAUAAAUAUUAUACACAGCGACUAUUAAUUAUUAUUGUUGUUUGUAUAUGUGUCACAAACGUAAAAUAGAUGUAUAAUAUCUUAAUCUGUCUACUCUUUAAUUUAUUAAGUGCCUUGUAUCCACUUGCAAAAACCACAAAGAUUAUCUGAUUAGUUUAGAUUAGAUUAUCGUAAAUUAGUUAGGCAAUUAAACAUGAGGAUUGACGUGAACGGUGGUUUGAAAUCCAGUAUUGAUUAUAUUUUUGCAUUUCCCCCUCCCCAUCAUAUAAAUCAAAAAAAGAGUCAGCUCCUUUUUGGUUCUUUUUAUUACUGUUGGUGGGUGUGUGCCACUGUUUUAGCUGGAAAGUUGGAAAGGUAGAACAAUACAUCAAGUUAUUUAAUUUGUAUCUAUACGCAACUAUAAAUCAAUGCUAAAAAAAUAUGAUUCAGAGAUAUAUGUUUUAAAAUGCCGUGAUUUUUAUGAUUUUCGUUAAAAUUUGAACUUAAAAUGAUUAGGUAUAAAAACACAUGAGCAGCAGAACUAUAUUAGAUUAGUAAAAUUUUCUCCCAGCCAACUAGUUGCCAUUACAAUAUUUCACGUUUUUUUUUUUUUUUUUUAUAAAAAAUUGAACAAUCAAAUUUUAUCGAAAUAGAUAUAUUAGUUCUCUUGAUUUUGUGUAACGUAUAAACAGACAGUUAGAAGUUCAGACCUUUUAAGGUACAAUGGUACAUGAUACAUCCUUGCCAACAAUUCUAUUCACAUUUUAACCAAGUUAGUUAACUUUCAUGAAUCUGUACGUGUAUUUAGAACUCAGUACCCACUUCCUGUGAAAACAUGACGUCUAUGCAUAAAAAUAUUUGGGAAGGUAGUUGAAAGAUGAAAAACAAAAAAAUUAUCUUAAUAAUCACACACCAUAGUAAACUAAUACAUAUUUUUGUUCCAUUCAGAACCUAAAAUUAAUGUUAAAAGUCUCAAACCCGCAAUCAAAACUAAUAUCUUAAAUAAUCACUUAGAUUCUACGACUUAUUAAUUAAUGUUUAAACCGUAUAAUAUUAUGCGGUUUAUAUAAUAUGCAUAAUUGUUUACUUACCUAUCACAGGCAAAGUGUGCUUUUAAAAUUUUACCCAUUUAAAACACUAUAUUGAAUCGUUCAUACACAAUUUUAAACACAAAAAUUCUUGAUUUCAAAUUAUCAAAAAUUAUUAAAUUAUUAUAAAUAUGAAUUUUAAUUAAAAAAAAAAAAACAAAAAAAAAAAAAAUAGUGUCAGCACAAAAUAAUAACGUUUGAUGAAUUUGCUUUGAUGUAGGACGUAAACAGCACAAAUUUCUUAAACAUUAUCACAGGGAAUAAAUCAGCUAUGAAAUCCAUUGGAUCCGGCAAGGUUGUCGAAGGGUAUGUCACAUUGCUAUAACUAUUAUAUAAUUACAUCAUUUAUUACUUAUAUAGAAAUAAAUUAUGUCAUUUUUAUUAAAAAAUAUUAAUCGUUUUAUUAAAUAAAAAGAUUAAAACAAUAUGAACCUAUUAUUAAUUGAAUUUGUCUUUGUUAAAAUGUUUGAUAACUAUUUUCAAAUUGCAUAUCUAUCAUAAAAAGAAAAUUAGCGAUAAAAAAUGUAUGAACAAUCCUUCACAGUUCAUUGUAAAAAGACUAGAAUAUUACCUAGUCUCUCUAGUUCAUAGUAUUAGUUCACAUAAUAUUUAUACAUUUACUAUAUUAUAUUAUAAUACAAGUUUAUAUUUAAGAUUUUUUUAAAUAAGUCAAGCCAUACUUUUAUAACAUAAGUAGUUAGGUAAUAUUGAUUUUAAUUGAUUAUAAUUUAUGUUUAUGUAAAGAGGGCGUCAUGAUACAAUUUUCAUUAACUUUGUCGAUCAUGGUACUACUGGAUUAGUAGCUUUUCCAAAUGAUUUUCUUUAUGCUGACCAACUGAAUGACGCGUUCAAUACCAUGUAUGCGAACAAAAGUUACAGAAAGGUAAUAUUAUGUGUAUAAUAUAAAAUAUUAAUUUGACACAUUCAUAAUAAUACAUGCAUACUUUGUAUAGUACGCAUUUUUUGUAUUAUGUAUACAGUUUUUAAUAUUCAAAAUAUUGAAUUUUCGUUACCCAUUUAACAGAUGUUGCUGUACAUAGAAGCUUGUGAGUCCGGAUCGAUGUUUGAUGGAAUACUAAAUGAUGAAACUAAAAGUAAGUUUUAAAAUAGACAAUAUUUACUAAUAAAAUUCUAUUAUAGAAAAAAAUUGUAAUUUAGUUUAAAUUUUGAGUUAAAUAUUUUAUGUUUAAAUUAAUUUCUGCAGUUAUUGUCUGACAAUUUCAAGUAAGUUGAUUUAUUUUUAAAUAGCCAUUACGGUUUAUAAUUUUAGAUUUUGUGCUUAGCGAUGUGAGGUGUAUUGAUUUUAAAUUGAGCUUUGUUGAUUAACAACUUUUUUUUGGAUAAAAACCGAUAAGAGAGCUUUUUCGUUGUAAUACCUACAUUAUGUAUCUUUAUAAUUAGGGGGAAAAAAUGUUGACAUAUAAAUAUAUUUAUUUGUUUAUUUAUUUAUUUAUUUAAAUAUGUAAACGCCUUGAGGGCAGUGUUAAGAGAACAAUAAUUAGUACAAAAAGUUAAAUUACAGUGAUAAUAAAAGGUCAGGCUAAAUAUAAUUGAGUAUAAUUGAGACGACAAAGCAUCCUAUAAAAAGGUUGAUUGUGGCCUUAAGAGGUGAGGUAUACCGGAAUGAAGAAGAGGGAGUGAUAUCGAGUGCAGUGUGAGGGAAAGCGGAAAGAGACAUUUUCUAGUAAGCCAGAAGCAUCGAGUGUAUCAUUGAAAAGAAAGGGGAUAAAAAUAAGGUCAGCAUUGAUACGACUGAUAAGUGGUAUUACUGAUAUUACUAAUAAUGUAACAUUGAUAAGCUGCAAACGAAAGAAAACGGUUCUGGACCAGUUCGACGUGCAUACCCCAGUUAGGGGUGCCAAACGGUGACCCCGCACCCAAGACCGACCACACCAAGCAGCAAUAUAAAGCACGAAGGCAGGAAGCAGAGGAGAAAAGAGAAAAAUUUCGUUUUACGAACCCAAGGAUCUUUAGAGCACGCCCAACAGUAACAUCAAUAUGGUGCCUGAAGGAGAGGGUUAAAGACAAAUGAAAACUAAGAUCUUUGAUCUUAUCAACACGAUUGAGAGGGAAAUAGCUCAGAAAAUUUGUGUGAAGAAAAGGUGAAUGUUUCCUGGAAAAAAGUCAUAGCGUGACAUUUGUUGAGAUUUAAGUUCAGGUUGUCGAGUUUUGACUAUACGAGAAAGAUAUCGAGAUUAGCCUGCAAGAAAAGGCAAUCAGGCCGGCGAGAUGUUCAUUUAAGGAUGACAUGAAAGGGAUGAAAAGGAGAGGACUGAGAUGGCCACCCUGAGGUGCACUGGACAAAUUAGAGGACAAGUCAGAAAAUGCCCUGGUAACGGUAACGAAUUGACGCCUAUCAGAUAGGUAUGAGGAAAGCAAAAAAAGGAGAGGAUAGUAUAUACAAUGUAAUGUAUAAAAAUAAUGAUUUCUGCAAUUAACUUUUUUUUUUUAUUGUAAUUCAGUUAGAAAUAAUCAUAAAAUACCACGGAAUACUAGCCUUUUAUAGACGUGGUAUAAUUUUUAAAACAUUCUGGCGAUUUUUGAGAUAUUUAUAGUUAUUUCUAAUUUUAAGCUUUUUUUAGUUUCAUUUGAUUUUAUGGGGAUAAAAUAAAACACACUUACUCGAACUUUCCUUAAAAUCAGUUUUCGUUAACAUCAUUUUUUAUUGUUGCAUAUCAUAAAUUAAGUUAUCUCCCAACUUCCAAUUAAAACAGUAGCCUAUUUAUUCUAUAAGUAGUACGCGUACAGGAUAUUAAUACUAUAAGUAUAUGCUAAAGUACAGCGAUGUAUUAAAGUAUUUUUACACCCUUCCCCCCAUUUAGAGAUCCUGGGUAACCCACUGUAAUACACACUAAACUAAAUAUAUUAUAUUGUUUGAAUUUUAAUUUUAUUUUAUUAAGUAGUCGGUCUAAUUUGACUAUACGAGAGUUUAACGAGGUGGCGUAAUCCCGUUAACCGUGGGUACAAAGAGUAUAAUAUACACCCAAAAGCUAGAACGUAAAUAAUUUCCGAUCCCGCAUCGUACAUUCUUUUUUCAAUAAAUUUAUGAUACAUUUCCUACACAAUAAAUCUCAUAAACUGGUUAUGUCAAAAUACUCGUGCGUAAAAUAUCAACUUAAAUAAAUGUCUUUUGUUUGUAGGAAUUUAUAAUAGGCAAAUAAAUUCACAGUUAUUAGUACGUACAAUUUAAAAAAUAUGAUAAUCACUUCCAAAUUAUACUGUAGUUAUUUUUUGUAUCAAUAUUAAUGCCAAAAUGUAUUUUAAUUAAAAUAAUUUAAUUGUUUGAUACCUAUAGAUUAAACAUUUACAAAUUGUUUACUAGUUUUCGCAGUCACCGCUGCUGGUCCCAGAGAAAACUCGUGGGGUUGCUACUGUGAAGAGGAAUCUGGACCAUAUAAGACAUGUCUAGGAGAUUCUUUUAGUGUAUCAUGGAUGGAAGAUUUAGACGCGGUGAGACAUAGUCUGGAUAUUAUUACUUAUAACGUUUUUACACUGUAACUACCAUAAAAAAAAUAGCAGAUACAUUUGUUUUAUAUUUGCUCUUUAUUUUGAUGUUUAAACAUUAUUUUUAUUUAUUUCAUUCUGUAGACAUUAUCUGACCCUUCCGAGAAAAAAAAAACUGUUUUCAAUAAGUUCCAAACAAUCAGAACAAAAGUCACUGAUAGCAAUGUUAUGGCAUAUGGAGAUUUUUGCGCCGGACAUGAAAAGUUAUCAACGUAUAUAGGUUUUCCGAAAACGAGGUCCACGCUUUCAGCUGAACCAACGACUACAGAAAAAGUAAUACAUUCCGUAAAUAUGCCUAUGAACCGAUGUAUUCGUAUAUUUGUAGUGUUUUUCAAUAUAAUAUAAAUAACAACAACAUGUUUAAAAGCUUUUUCUUCUAUAGAUAUCGAUGUCAAGUCGAGAUGUAGAAGAAAAACACAUAAAAUAUCAAUUGGCUCAUAAUCAGUUGACUAAACAAGAGAAAGAAGAAAUAAGAAAGGAAUUACGUCAAAAUAAUGAAGUUAGUAAUAUGAUAUAUUAGAGCUGACAGUAUUUUAACGGUAAUUUAGAAUACCGGUACAUUGAAAUACCGGUAUAUCGUUUUUUUGGUAAAUAUCAUUGGUUCGGUAAAUCUCAGUUAUCUAACAACCUUAAUAUCUGGUAUCUUAAGACAGAGAAACUAGAAACUGUGCCUCUUAGGUAUUAGUACACGCUACUUAUUAGUAUCACAAUAUUACGGCAGUUUCCUUAUCACAAAGUAUUCAAUAGAUGGUUAGUUAAUAACAAUAUACAAUUGGUGUAUUAAGUAUAUUUAAUUUUUGAAUUUGUUCAGUUUCAGUUAGGGUGUUAGGAAAUGGCAAAACCGAGGUUUAGGCAGUUUUUAAAAAGCGGUUUUGAGCCCUGAGUUUAUAAAUGAUAAUUAUUAUUUUAAUAAUAUAAUAGCUUUUAUGUGUUCCGCUCAUAAAUAUUUGGAUAGACAAAUUCCUGGUUCAAAUAUCCACUUUUUUCGUAAGUUAAUAUUUUUUUAUUAAAAUUUGAAUAUUAUUUAAUAUAAUAUGUAAGCUAAAACUUAAAGCAUACAAUGUUUUCUAUAACCUAAUUAGUAUUCUGCUCUCUAGUUUCUACCACUUAGUUUUCUGUAUUUACUGCCUACUGAACAGUGAUCACUAUUUAUCAAAAUUAUCAUUUAUCAUUACCGACAUUACUUAUUAUCAGUUAAUAUUUGUAAACAUUGCCUUUUUAAUAUAAUAUGGCGGAACAAGACACACUUUUCGGAUGUCGUUCGGUAUUUAAUAUGUCUGUACAUGAUACAUCUGUAGUGGUAACAAGACGGUUACUUCCGAAUUUUAACUAUACAAACAUUUCAAAGUUUAACACAUAUCAAGCGUCUCGUCAAACGUUUGCCAUUACGAAUUUACCUUCAUACAGUAGUAUAGAUAUAGAAUAUAAAUAAUGUAUAAAUCUACAUAUUUAAGGUUUGUAGCGUCUAUAUCAAUAGCAACUAGAUAUAUGAGCGGGAAAAUAUUCUAUAUAUUAUUUUAAAUAACUGCAUGUUCGUGUGAAACGUAAACCGCUAAAAUUAUGAUAUUGUGAAGUCGUAUUGUUCGGCGUUAUUAGGAAUACAUUUUAAUACAUUUUUUUUACUAAAAAUUAUAUUGUUUAUAAACAUUACUAUACAUUAACAUCGACAUUUGCAUGCGAUUAUAAUUUUAAAAAAACAUAUCAAAAUAAUUUGAACCAUCUUUAUUAAUGGUACUGAAGCAGGUUUUUGAAAGUAAUGUAUUCAAAUAUUCAAUUUUAGAAAUAUAUAUUUUGUUUUCUACAAUAAAAUUGAAUUAUAAUUUAUUCCUUAAAAAUUAAUAUAAAAUUAUAAAUAUUUAAAAAAAUCUAAAAAAGCUUUUACAAAAAAAUUGUCUUAUAUUAAUCAUAAUUCUACGCCAAUAGUUGUUAACUAUAAUAAAAUAACUAUAACAAAUUAAAACAAUAUCAAAUAUAUAACAAUAUUUUGAAUUACAGUUUUUCUAAAAUAUAAUAUAUUAUAUAUUAUUAUUAUUAUUAUAUAUUUGAUUAAAAACAAUAUAUUUGAGAUUAAGGUACUAAAAUGAUUUUCAUAAACAUUUUACAGAAACGAUUAAUCAUCGACAGAGUAUUCAAUGAUAUUUACUCAAUGAUUGUGAACAUAAGACCUGAAAUCAAGAAUGAAAUUGGUGAACUUCAGCAACCAAAAAAUCUAAAGCUCACGUUAGAUAUGUUCCCUUGCUAUAGAAGCAUUAUGAAUAAAAUCACAGAGAGCUGCUUUUCUUUGCCACAGGUAUGCAUGGCUUAUUUGUUUUCUUCUUUUAUAAUACGAGGGCUAAUCAAAAAGUAUCAAGACUGAUAAUAUUACUCGGAAACGGAGCGUUGAAGAGCAAAACGAUUUGUAAACCUUGCUUCUAUGACUUAUACUGAGCACAUCUAUUCGUAUAAAAUCUCUAUAAACUUCUUCGUUUUGAUUUGACGAUAUUUUUCUAAAAUUUGUUUUUCAUGUUUGGCGAUUUCGUAAUGAAUCCAAAAGAAGCGGAACUCGCUGCCACUCCAGGGCACAUUUUCAGUUUUUCAAUUGACAUUUAAUGGCAAAAACCAUGAAAUGUUGCAUCCCUCUGAAACUGGAAAAAAAUGCAGACAAAUUUUCUAAAAUCUCCAAAUCUGUCAAGUUACUCUUCUUUUGGGUUUAUUACAAAAUCGCCAAACUCGAAAAAUAUAUUUUACAAAAAUAUCAGUGAAAUCAAACCGAAGAAUUUUAUAGAGAAGCAAUGAAAACAAAUGUACUCAGAAAAAGUCAUAGAAGCAAGUGAUACCAAUCCUACUGCUCUUCGAUGCUCCUUUUCCGAAUGAUACUACCAGUUUUGAUACUUUUUGAUUAGCCCUCGUAUACUGUGGAUACGGGCUUAUAAAUUAUUAGUUAUUAUCUAUAAUUUGGGUGUGAUUUACCUAACUACUGGGGUAAUAGCAAGUACAAUUUUUUAAUCCAAAUAAGCAUUUCAUUAUGAGACUUAUAUUAUAGGGUACUAUAUAUUUCAUUUCUAUAAUUUCAAAAAGAUACAAUUCAAAUAAAUGCCACUUCAUAAUUGAAUACACACAAAAAUUAAAAAAGCUGAUACUGGAGACGGGUGCGGCCACUAUUGUAUGUGGGAAGAGUUAUUUAAUUUAUACCAGUGACCAACGAUAAAUUUGAGUCAAUAAAAAACGAUUAAGAGCGAAGUUUGGUUAGGUAUACAUAUUUUGAAAAGCAGUAAUAUUUACGAUCGUAAAACACGAUUGAUCACCACUGUUUAUACCUUAGCUUUCCAUGAAAAGAAAACUCAGCCAGCAGUGAUAUUUAUUACCACCCAGAUUGAAAUAAAACGGGAAUUACUGCCAGUGGCGGCCAUUGUACCUGUGUAUUACAAAGUUGUGAUCGUAGCCAUGGAAAAAAUACGUUCAAUGUAACGAGCAUAUACUUCGGCUUUAUUCUGUUCACUACGUGCCAAAGUUUCGUCUUCUUUUCAGAUAGGAGGUUCUUGAACACAAGGUCUUUUCAUACGUCUUAUGGCUUCCUACAAUAAAUAAUCAGUAUUAUCGUAGUAGAUAAGCCACGAUACAAUUUUAAUGUUUCAUUUUCCAUUUUCUUAAUUCUGCCACGGAUGAUCUCACUGAUACGAUUCGAUUCCAUAUAGUUUUGUCUUUCAGAUGACGUGGUAAGUGCCAGAUUCUUCUCGCUUUGCGCUUUUGAACUAACUCUUUAAUUUCCAAUGGGUAAGCGAUUCGUAUCACUUUAACAAUGAAAUUUGUCAGUUUUUCUACUGCCUCUUCAAUGUCAGAUAAUGUUUUCAACCUCAAUGACAGAGUGAUAGUUUUUUCAUAGUUUUUUCUACUACAACACUUGACACUUCUGUCGAGGGUAAAAACAUGUAUUAUUUGUUUUAAAUUCUAUGUUUAUUAAAUACAAUGCUUAAAUUCGGCACUCACGGCGGAACAUACGUGUUUCUCGUUCGUUAAACAAAACGCCACUGAAGGCUACGUAAUUACUUAGCUCGUAGUUACAAAUAAUAAAUAAAAGAAUAACUAAUUAAAAAAUUACAAAUUCUAUUGUUUACAGAAUCCUUAUACACUGGAUCGGAUGAAGAUAUUUGCCAACUUAUGUGUCGUGGACAAUCAAGCACAUUACUUGGUUGAGAGUUUUGUAGAUAAAUCAUGUUCAAAUAUUCCAACUAAUAUACUUAACGUAUUUUAAUAAAAUCACGUUAUAUAUUAUGAUUUAAAUAAUAUAUUACAAAUUGUAAUAAUUUAUAUAUUAAAAUGAGUAAAAAAUAAAUUGAUACAUUAUUAUUAA